AUGCCGUUGGGGAAGUAUUACUGCGAUUACUGCGACAAAGAAUUCCAAGACACCGCCGCAGCCCGGAAGCGCCACCUCCAAGGCGUCCAUCACCAGAGGGCCAAGGCUCUCUGGUACGACUCCUUGCGCUCAGAUGCAAAUCAGAUUCCUGCUCCAGGGGCCUUGGGAAAACAAGGUGUUUGCAAUCGAUUCGUCCGAACGGGCUCAUGCCAAUAUGGGGAUUCUUGUAAGUACUAUCAUCCGAAACAAAAUCCGAAUGAUCAAGUGCUGCCAGGUCAGAUAUCCAGUCAGAAUGUGCAUAUUUCAUGGGGCAACCUACCUCCAUCCUUGAUGCCUCCUCCAGAAGCUGGAUAUCCUCCUUUACCCUUUAUUGAUUGGGGAUAGUUCCAGGAGAUGCAUUCUGUAUCGUUUGCCUUAUAUCCGGUGUGGAGUUUCCAGGGUAGAUUGGCGUUUGUAAGAUGGUUCUUGGUGUCUCAAAGUUAUACUCACUUGUGAAGUUUAUUGUUUUGUCACUUACAACUGAAGUUCUGCAAACUGAAGAUGGUCUUGAAGAGUAUGUUUCUUCAAUUGAUGUGUCACCUAUUGGAGACCAUCUAGAUUUUGGAGAAGAAUUUGGUGAGUUCUGAGGCAUUCUUUUGUUGGAAAGAAUACGAUCAAGAACUUCAGUUUUUAGAAAUGUUGCAGCAUUGGCCUAUGUUGAUACAAGAAAGUGAGUAACAAGUUGCAUUUAAAGGUAGUGAAGAAUGGUUACUUCAUUUCCUUUUUUUAAUCUUUUGGACUUGGGACAUAAAGAAAUUGUCUCGGUUAGGAGCAUUCAGCUGAUGAGCAAUUUGAUUCGGCAGAUGGUAUUGUAAGUUGCGGGAUAAUUGCCAAAUGGAUACAAGAGGUUUAAUGAUAAAGAGAUACAAGUCUGUGUUUAUUUA